AUGAGUACAAAUAUUUAUAGACCAUUAGAUGGACCGGAUUACAAUAAAAAAUUAAGCCAUACUUACGCCCAGAUUAACCCUAAUGCUUUAGAAACUUCUCAUAGAUCUCCUGUUCUACUGCUACACAGUACUCGCAUCUGCUCCGUCAUGACUCAUGACACCGUAGCUUCCUUCCUCGCCGUCGCCAAAUGCUGCAGGCCGCCUCCAUGAGGUGCUAGGGUUCCCUGGCCGACGCCACGACCGUCGCACCCGGCCGCCUCCGUCCCUGCGGGCCUUCGCCACCGCCCUCGCCAAACGUCCCGAGCUAGGGUUCCUCACAGCUUCUCCCAAGCGCCCUCCAGUCUCACCAACCCUUCUGCGGUUCUGCCCUUGGCGCCGCGCCCAUGAGCCUCACCGAGGCGCCGUCCCCGUCCCCGUCGUCGUCGAGCGGGAGCGAUGACUUCGCGGCCUUCCUCGCCUCCGAGCUCGAGCUCACCUCCGGUGCUGACUCCGCCUUCCCUGGUGACCCCUCCUCCGUUUUCCCCGCCACCGACGACGAGGGCGAGGACGAGGAUCCGGAGGAGCUAGAGGUUGAAGCCAUAGAACAAAACGGUACCAAAAGGCGUAGAGUAGAGGAACAAUGCCAAGAUCAAGGAACAUCAGUUAGGCCUGACAAAAUCCCCACUGGCGCAUCUAAAAUUGUUCAGGUUGAGGCAUGUCCACAUCCUGGACAUUUUGGUGGACUUUGCAUUAUCUGUGGCAAGCCACAAGACGAGGAAGAUGUUUCAGGAGUUGCUUUUGGUUACAUCCACAAGGGCUUGAGGCUAGGUACCUCAGAAAUUGACAGACUACGUGGUGCUGAUUUGAAGAAUCUGUUGCGUGAAAGAAAAUUAGUACUCAUUUUGGACCUGGAUCACACAUUGAUCAACUCCACCAAACUCCAAGACAUUUCUUCUGCCGAAAAAGAUUUGGGUAUUCAGUCUGCUGCUUCAAAAGAUGAUCCAAAUAGAAGCAUCUUCGCACUAGAUUUAAUGCCGAUGCUCACAAAGUUGAGACCAUUUGUCCGAGAAUUUCUGAAAGAAGCAAGCAAUAUGUUUGAGAUGUAUAUAUACACGAUGGGUGACAAAGCCUAUGCAAUUGAAAUUGCAAAGCUUCUUGACCCUAGUAACAUAUAUUUUCCUUCAAAAGUGAUUUCAAACUCAGAUUGCACUCAGCGACAUCAGAAAGGUCUUGAUGUGAUUCUUGGAGCUGAAAGUGUUGCAGUGAUUCUUGAUGACACUGAGUAUGUAUGGCAGAAGCAUAAAGAGAACCUGAUUCUGAUGGAGAGAUAUCAUUUCUUUGCUUCAAGCUGCCGCCAAUUUGGUUUUGGUGUUAGGUCUUUGUCAGAAUCGUUGCAAGAUGAAAGGGAGAGUGAUGGUGCUUUGGCUACCGUUUUAGAUGUCUUGAAGCGCAUACACGCUACUUUCUUUGACAUGGCUGCUGAAACUGAUCUUUCUUCACGGGAUAUAAGACAGGUGAUCAAGACGUUACGGAAGGAAAUACUGCAAGGAUGCAAAAUAGUCUUCAGUCGGGUGUUCCCAAACAAUACACGCCCACAGGAGCAGAUGGUCUGGAAGAUGGCCGAGUAUCUGGGUGCCGUUUGCGUUAAAGAUGUGGAUCCCAGUGUCACCCAUGUUGUAACUGUGGAUCUGGGAACAGAGAAGGCCCGCUGGGGUCUUAACAACAAGAAGUUCUUGGUCCACCCACGCUGGAUUGAAGCAGCAAAUUUCCGGUGGCAUAGGCAACCGGAGGAAGAUUUUCCUGUCACUGCCCCUAAGGAAAAGAGCAAAGAGAAAGAUAGUGAUAAUGAUGUGGCUGGCAAGAAGGAAACGAGCGAGGAUAAAGAGAAUACUGCAGCUGGCAUGAAGGAAACGAGGAACGAUGAAGGAAAUGUAACCGGUAAAGACAAAGCUGAUGCCAAAGAAAACGUUGUGACCACAUCUGCUACGUGUCCUGCAGACUCGUAGUCUGUGUUGGGCUCCAAAGGCUUUAGAUCUGUCCAUAAAAAAAAGACGUUACAUCUGCUCCAUUGCAAAUUUUGCUGCUGACCUGAAGCUGAUUGGGCCUCCGGCCAUAUAACUUACGCUACGAUGAAACUAUAGGAGUUGAAGCAAACUGAUGUCUUUAUGGGACAAUUUUUGGUGAAUCCGUGCGACUAUGUGCGCAGAUGUACUUAAGUUUGUGCCUGCUUCGGUAGGUACUGCCCCCUGAUGUAAGCAUUCGUGAUCGCUAGUGGAACUACGUUAUUCUAGUUGAAAAAAAAUGUUCCACACAUUAAUUCUUGCACUGGAAAAGGCAUAGGCAAGGUCGCUAUGAUGUUGCCAUACAUUGAGUACGAAGUGAUAUGUUUUCCGGCGGAGCUGUAGGGGUUUUCGUUAUAGUGAUGAAUUGAUGAUGACAAAAAUAAAUUCCGUCAUUUCUUUUA